UGCGAGAUAGAGGAAGUUGGUCAUGAUUCAAGUCUGCACCGGUUAUGAGAACCGUAGAUGACGUCGACUGCCGUGUCCUAAUUUUCGGAUAAACAUGAUCCGGAUAGCUGCUCUCAACGCAGCCUCCGUGGCUGCAGACGAGUUUGGGGAUGCCCUCAAAACCACCAAGAGCCAGACCAAGGAGGCGCAGGAAGCCGAGGCCUUCGCUCUGUACCACAAGGCCCUGGACCUGCAGAAGCAUGACAAAGUGGAGGAGUCCUCCAGGGCAUACCACCAGCUCCUCAAGACCCCCCUGCUCAAGGAGGCGCAGCCGUCUGCGGAUGAGAAGGUGGGCCUGAAGCACCCGGGCUUGAUGCUGAAGUACUCCACCUAUAAGAACCUGGCCAGCCUGGCCGUGCAGAGAGACCGCCUGGAGACCGCCAUGGACUUUUACCUGGAGGCGGUGAUGCUGGACUCGACGGACGUGAACAUGUGGUUUAAGAUCGGUCAGCUGGCCCUGCGGCUGGUGAGGAUCCCUCUGGCCAGACACGCCUUCGAGGAGGGCCUGCACUGCAACCCCGACCACUGGCCCUGCCUGGACAACCUCAUCACCGUGCUAUACACCAUCAGCGACUACAGCUGCUGCCUGUACCACAUCUGCAAGGCGCUGGAGAAGGACCACUGCUACACCAAGGGCCUGGCCCUCAAGCAGAAGAUCUUCCAGGAGCAGCCCAGUCUGCAGAGGGACUCCAGCAAGAUGUUCUCCAAGUGUGAUGUGUCGAUACAGUAUGCUGAGGUGGAUGAGGAGGAGGUGCGCAGUGUAGUGGAGGAGGCGCUGGAGCUGAGGAGACGCAGGCAGGCCCUCAACACACGCCAGCCACAACCUGACCUCACACUAGUCAAGCCCAUCAAGUACUUCACGUGGAAGAGUGUAGGUGAGAGCUUGGUGGCCAUGUAUCGCCACCAGACGACCUCCGACCCCCCCGUGAGCCUAGGGCGCCGCAUCGACCUGACGGAGUACCGUGACCUGGAGAGAUACACACACACACACAGCCCCCCGGUGCCCCAGCCCCCCACCCCUGUUGUUGAUGGCCAGGGUUUGUCCCAGACAGGCAGCUGUAGCCCCUCCUCCUCCCAGCUCUCCCUGGCUGACCAGAUGCCCAGCGCAGGCCAGGCUGCGGGCCUUGUGUCCCAGGGGGAGACCUCCUCCCAGGCAGCAGCCAUGCAGACAGACACCCAGAUGUCACUACCUCCUGGUGUCACUGCUCCUCAGACUGCCAACCCAGACCUCCCUCCCCAGAGCCAGGACACAGUGGAAAUCGCCACCACCACCAUCUCCACCACCGCCGCCGCCGCCACAGGUGUUGUGGAGCCUGUUGGGGCGGGGGCGAGUGCGGGGGACAAGGCGAAGAAGGCCACCAAGAGGAAGAGGGUGGUGGAGGAUGCAGGCGGAGAGACAGCCAAGAGACGCUCGGCUCGCGUCCGCAACACCAAGUGCAAGAAGGAAGAGGAGAAGAUAGACUUCCAGGAAGUACUGCUCAAGUUCCUGCCCCCCAGCCUGAGGAAGUUCGACCCUGCGGAUGAUGAGGAGAGCCUGAGCAACAUGGAUGCCCAGUGUGACGACAAGACCAGCGCGGAGACCGACGGCCCCAGCGGAGAGCCCACCGACUACAUCGGCUCCAUGGAGGAGGAGCGCCAGGACGUGCACAGCUUCCUGUUGGCCAAUCUGACCAAUGGGGGCACUCUGGAGCUGAUGAUGCGUUACCUGAAGGCGGUGGGCCAGCGCUUCCUGUUGCCAUGGCCACCGGGCCUGAGUGGCGUGGUGAUGGAGGUCUACCAGUGUUGGAGGAAGCACAGCACCGGAUUACCCAGUCCACUGCAGAUGGACGGCAACGACAAACACCUCAAGGAGAUGGUGAUGAUGAGUUUGGCGUGUAUGGAGCUGCAGCUGGAGAAGAGAUCCCAAACCAAGAGCAAGCUGGUGUCUCCAAGGAAGCAUGGUGGUGUCCAUCGGGGUGCGAGGGUGCCUGUGGACGGAGAUGAGGAUGAGGAUGGAGAGCAGAGUUUUCCGGGCCCCCAUCACCAUGCCGACCUGCUGCACAUCACCCUGGCAUCCAACAACCCCGGCCUCUUUGGAGAGCAGUGGUGGAGCUACGUGGUGCGCGUCUACUGGUACAAGGCUCGCUACUUCACACUCAUGGGAGAGAUGGACGACGCCUUGGACAGCUAUGACGUCUGCACCGGCAUUCUGAAGAGCAAAAACCAGGAAGAAGGGAAGAAGAAAACUGAGGAAGAGACAAAAGAAAAAGAAGACAAGGAGGAGGGAGAGAGGAUGGAGGAGGAGGAGGAGGAAAAGAUGGAGGAGGACGACGAUGAGAAGAAAAAGGAAACCAAGGAGGAGAAGAAAUGUGAGGAGGGGGAGGAGGAGAAGAUGGAGGUGGAGGAGAAGAAACAGGAGGAGAAGACGGAAGAUAUGGAGAAGGAGAAAGAGGAGGAUGAAAAGAAAGUGGAUGAUGAGACGAGAGAGAUGGAAAAGGAGAAGAAAGAGGAUGAUGAGAAGAGAGAGAAGGAGAAAGAGAAGGAAGAGGAGGGGGAAAAGAAAGCGGAGGAUGAGAAGAAAGAGGAUGAUGAGAAGAGAGAGAAGGAGAAAGAGAAGGAAGAGGAGGGGGAAAAGAAAGCGGAGGAUGAGAAAGAGAAGAAAGAGGAGGAGGAGAAGGAGAAGAAAGAGGAGGAAGAGAAAGAUAAGGAGGUGAAGGAGAAGGAGCUGUUCAGCGUUGUGAUGCCGAACCUGCGAGUAGAUGCCAUCAUCUCACUGGAGGAGAUUGAUAAGAAGUUGCGUAGUGUUGAGCGGUGCCAGUCCCUUGAGGAGAUCCAGCGUCUGUAUGAGAGUGGAGAGCACGCCACUGUGGUGCAGCUGCUGCAGCCGACACUAGGGGGCGGGGACGGACGUCUAGAGAGGCCACUGUCCCACGUCAUGGCCAGCUCUGCCCCCGAGAGGCCCACGCAGCUGAUGCUGCUGCAGAAUUCCCUGUUGAAGUUGAAAGACUACAGGAAGUGUCUGGAGUGUUCGGAGGUGUCCCUGAACGAGGCGGUCCAGCAGCUGAAUGACCCGUCAGUUGUACCCUCCUCCUCCUCCUCUUCCUCCUCCAUGAUGCCCUCCUCCUCCGCUUCUGUUGCCCCUGCCGUGCCCCCUGGCAGCCCCGGGGGGCGUGAGGACUGGGUACGCACCAUCACCAUGCUCCUGGAGGGCAUCGACUCCUGCCUGGAAGACGAGCCUCAGCUGUUCGCCAACGCGCAACGCAGCACCAACCUGCCGCGCCUCGCCAACAACCUCAUACAGCUGAUAGACCUGAGCAUGGCGGUGGGGGAGGAGGGGAGGGAGGUGCACUUCUCCUCCGUGCUGCCCUGGAUCCUCCUCUACCACCUCCUCCGCCAGCAGGAGAGGGGCUCCGCCUGGCCCCUACGCCACCGCAUAGCACUGGAGGACGAGGAGGAGGAGGAGUGUGCCAUGCUCCCAUCUUCUCUGAUGCUGUUGAGUACCGCUCAUGAGUAUCUGGGCCGACGCUCCCUCUGUUGCCAGGCCAACGGGACCCUGCUCAAGUUCUAUGUCCACGUCCUGGAGAAGGAGGUUCGGGUGUCGCGUGCGGACAACACGCACCCUUAUAAGGAGGAGCUGGAGAUGGCCCUGGAGCAGUGCUUCUACUGCCUAUACGCCUACCCCAGCAAGAAGAGCAAGCCCCGAUACCUGGAGGAACACUCCGCACCACAGGUGGAGCUGCUGUGGAGUAAUGCCUUGUUCCUGUUCGACUACUUCAAGCCGCGGACGCUGCCAGAGUUCGACAGCUACAAGACGAGCACCGUGUCGGCUGACCUGGCUAACCUGCUACGACGCCUCUCCGGCAUCGAACCCCCCUCUCAUGCACCCACACUCACCAUGGACGACAUAUCGGACUAUAUCGAUGGGGUUGGAACUAAGGUGCCUGCUCUUCCUGAAGGAACCCCACCAGCGCCCCCUCUGGUGAACGAGAUGUACUACCUACUGGCGGACUACCACUUCAAGAACAAGGAGCAGUCCAAGGCCAUCAAGUUCUACAUGCGCGACAUCUGCGUCUGCCCCAACCGGUUCGACUCGUGGGCGGGCAUGGCGUUGGCGCGUGCAAGCCGCAUCCAGGACAAGCUGAACUCGACGGAGCUGCGUAGCGGCGAUGGCUUGAUGUGGAAGCACGCGCUGGCCGUCCUGACCUGCUUCAAGCGCGCGCUGGAGAUCCAGGCCUCCAACCUGGCGUUGUGGAUCGAGUACGGCACCAUGUCUUACGCUCUGCACUCCUUCGCAUCUCGCCAGCUCAAGCAGUGGGGCAGCGAACUGCCUCCAGACCUACUCAAACAGAUGGAGGAGCGUAGGUCGUCUAUGUUGGAGACGGCGGCUGGUUGUUUCCAGGGGGCGUCGGAGUGCGAGGGGGACGGGGGAGAGGAGGAGUGGCUCCUACGCUACAUGCUGGCCAAGAUCGCAGAGAAGCACAGAGAACCCCCACACAAAUACCUGCUGCUGUACCGACAGUCUGCACAUUACCUACAUGAAGAGGCAGCGAGAUACCCACGCAAGAUACACUACCACAACCCCCCCGACCUAGCCAUGGAGGCCCUCGAGCUCUACUUCCGCUUGGCCGCCUCCAUCCUCAAGCUCCUGGAGGAGGAGAAGACCAGGGAGGAGAUGAAGAAGGAGGUGAAGAAAGAGGAGGAGGAGAAGAAGAAAGAGGAGGAGGAGGAGGAGAAGGAGAAGAAAGAGGAGGAGAGAAAGGAGGGAGAGGAGGAGGAGGAGCUUGACUACCAGCUGUUCUUCAGGAUGCUGACGGAGGCUGCAGUCGGACCCUUCGCCAGAGGAGAGGAGAAGAACAUUAGCAAACCCAGCGACAAGGAGAAGAGCAUGUCGGUGAAUGACGAGGACUCCAUGGGAGUGAGCCUUGUCCCCUCGGCAACCUCAUCGUCAGCAGCAACCGCUGUCUCCUCAGCAGCAGCAGCAGCAGCGGUGACCGUGACAUCCACCACCCCCGCCUCCGCCACCUCCGCCUCCACUACAGUCACCAUGACAACGACAAACACCCCCGCCAUGGCGACGACCUCGGGCGCGACCCCCGGCGUGACCCCGCCGACCUCCAGCAGCGUGCCAGGUCUGAGUUCGCCGCCGUACACGGCCACACCUGUGGACCACGACUAUGUGGUGAAACGCAAAGGCCAGAGGCAGCAGAGACACAGGCAGCAGCAGCAGAGGAGGCAGCAGCAGGAGCAGCAGCAGCAGCAGCAGAGACAGCAGCUACAGGAACAGCAGGAGGGAGAUGGUACAGUCCCCCAGCCCCUCGCCUCUCCACCACCUCCUCCACCUACUGCUUCUCCUCUCCACUCCCCUCUCCACGCUCCCUCUCUGGAUCAUAGCCAGGACAGUGUGACCCAGCUGCUGUCGGACUCCAACUCCCUGCAGGACGUCUUCCUGGACCCCACCAGCUCGCAGGACAGCAGCCACAAGGGGGAUGCUGGGAAAUGUAGUGUAUCCUCUGAGGACGCCAACGCCCCCAAUGCCCAAGCGAAGGAAGGGCCAACCCUGCCUGAGGACACAGGUUCCCAGCAGGAGAAGCCAGCUGAGGGCAGGCCUGCUCUCCCCUCCCAGGAGGACACCACCACCCAGGAGUCCUCAGACACCCUGUCAGUCACCUCGCCCGAGGCCUCCGCCCCCAAACAGGCCCCCUCCGAACCCACAGUCACCACUACAGUCCCCUCUGAGCCCCCCCUCACCACAGCCCCCUCAUCCACCUCCACCACCACCCCGAUAUCUAUCUCAACUCCAACAUCCAUCCCCACACCGACGUCCGUCCCCACCCCCACCUCCGUCCCCACCCCCACUUCCACUUGCCCCCAGACGCCCACCUCCACUUGCCGCCAGACGCCCACCUCCACCUCCCUGCCGAAGACCAGCCACACCACCCCACCUACCCCGCCCAGCGAGAGCAAGCGCAGGCCGGAGCCCCUGCCUCCCCUGGAGCUCCCGGAGGUUCCCAAGUGUCUGCCGACCGGCCGUGCAGCACAGCACCACCUGCUGGUGGACCUGUGUAUCCGCGCGCUCUUCCUCUGCCUCAGCCGCUUCCCGCAGCACUACAAGAGCCUGUACCGCCUAGCGUACCUGUACGCCAACAGCAGAACACACCAGAACUUGCAGUGGGCGCGAGACGUGUUGCUAGGGAGCACCAUUCCAUGGCAACAGCUGAAGCACAUGCCGGCACAGGGGCUCUUCUGCGAGCGGACCAAGACCAAUCUCUUCAACGGCAUCUGGCGUAUCCCGGUGGAUGAGAUCGAUCGUCCGGGCAGCUUUGCGUCUCAUAUGAAUCGCUCCAUCGUGCUGCUCCUGGAUGUGCUGUCUCAGCUGCACGACCACAGCACUCUGCUCAAGGUCUCCUUCAUGUUGCAGAGGACCCCCGACCAGGGAAAGAAGUAUUUGCGUGAUGUGGAUCGGCAGGUGUUGGCCAAGAGAGCUUUCUUCCUCACCGUGAAAGUGCUGGAAGACAACCUGAACAAGCUGACUGGGGUUCCCGAGCCGCCCCCCAAAGUGCCAGUGUGUGUGUCUGCGGUGCCCAUGGGUGAGAUGACCACAGCGGACCCCCCCUCUGCCAGCCGGCCCGGCGCCGCUGCCGAGGACCCCAAGCACGCGCCCCCGCCCCAAGCCCCCCAACCCCAACGCCUCUCCGAGACGCCAACCGCACCCACAGCUGACGGGACGGCGCCCCGAGGCCAGCCCCAAGUAGCAGCGUCGUCGAUGACGCCCGCCCAGCGGACGGACCCAGUCAACCAACCCCACCCCCAGGGCUCGCAGGUGGCACAGCUACAGGGUGCCAAGGCCGCGGGCACAGACGGGGAGCCCAUGGACUUGGAGUGUGGGCAUGGCGCCCUGGGUAGCGGCACCACCACCAGUGGCACUGCCCACCAACACCACCCCCACCCCCACCCCAUCAAGAGCACGGACUCUCAGAGUGCCACGAUGGGCAGCAGCAGUAGUGGCAUCGGCAGCAGCCAUGCCAGUGCUGCGUCAUUGGGGGCGGGGACGGGGACGGGCACCGUGGGGACCAGCGUGGUGAUGGGUAUGGAGGGUUUGGGGAAGAGGGUCAGCGAGAGCGGAGGACACACCUCAGAGCUGUCUCUGGAGGAGCUCAGCAUCAGCUCCAGGCAGCAGCAGCUGCAGCAGCAGCAGGGUCUGGGGCUGGGUCACCAUGCCCAGGGGCCCCUGGGGGCCAAGCCUGGGGCCCCCCACCCUCACACUCACCCUCACAUUCACUCCCACUCCCACGCCUCCCUGGGUUCACCUCCAGCUAUCAACUCUCUGGCGUCGGGGCCCCUGUCGGCGUCUGCGUCGGCGUCUUUGGCGUCCCCUCCAGCGGCUAUGAGUCUGGCGUCGGGGCCCCUGGCGUCUAUGGGGUCUCCCUUGUCGGGGCCGAGCGGCGUUGUCGGGGUCGGGGGAGGGGAGCGGCGUCCGCGCAAGAGGAAGCUUCUGGAGGACGUGGAGUCGGGCAAGACGCUGCUACUGGACGCCUACAGGGUGUGGCAGCAAGGUCAAAAGGUCAUGACCUACGACCUGGGACGCAUCGAGAAGAUUAUGUCCGAGACCUACAUGCUCAUCAAGCAGGUGGAUGAGGACGUGGCUCUGGACCAGGCUGUGAAGUUCUGCCAGAUCCAAAUGGCAGCAUCAGCACAAAGACAGGGUUCCGGUGACGCUCCCAUGACCCCCAAGUUCAGUAAGGAGCAUCGUGACAUCUUCUUCCCCAGUGGCUAUCCCACGCCCCCCUGCCCCAGCGUCCUCCACCACGGGCCCCACACCCCCACCACGCCCGGCCUCCUGCCCAGCCUCGAGUGCCCGCCUGCGGACGCCAAGCAGGGCAAGGUGCCCCGGAUGGCCCACACCCAUACCCACGCCCACGCCCAUACUCAUGGCCACUCCCAUGGCCACUCUCAUGGCCACUCACACGUCCACUCUCACGCUCACACACAUCCACAUCUGCAUUCUCACGCCCAUCCGCAUUCUCAUGCCCCUCCGCAUGCCCAUCAACAUGCCCAUUCCCAUUCGCUCCCCCAUUGCCACCACCAGCCCCACACGCCCAAUCAGGCGGCGGCUCCAGCGCUCUACACCCCGGUCCCGACCUCCCUGGACCAAUCACAGCAGUCCCAGCAGCAACCCCAGCAGCAGCAGCAGUCGUUGCCCAGGAAACAGCAGGCCACUGGUGUGUCAGCAUCAAACAUGGCUGCCAGCUUCCACCAGCAUGGAGGAGAGGAGUGUGUUUCUGAGGGUCUGGCCUACAGACAGCAGGAGUCUCAUCUGUGUCGCCAGAUGAAGAUGGCCUCGGUGUUGCAGGCACACAACGCGGCCACUUGGGGCAGCAAUGAGACGCCCACAUGUAGCGCCUCACAGCCCACCACAGAUGAGCCGUGUGCAUCAGGGGAGUCCUCUCAGCAGCAGCAGCAUCCUCAGUGUGCGGACCCCAGCCGCAUGCGUUCCCGUAUCCCCCCCAACAUGCCCAAGCUCUUCAUCCCCUCGGCGGUGGCCAAGUUCCCCCCGGAGAUCACGGUGACGCCCCCCACCCCCACGCUGCUGUCCCCCCGCACCUCCAGCACCCCCACCGUGCUCUCCCCCACCAAGACACCAGGGGGCAGCAUCUCACAGGAGACCAAGCAGAGGCUCAAGAAUGUGAUUUUGGCUUCCCAGUCUGCUGCCAAUGUGAAGAAGGACACGCUGCCACAGCCAGCUUUGGAGGUGCAGGAGACGUCCAGCCAGGAGUCUUCUCUGGAGAGCGAGACAGAGGACGAGGAGGAGGAGGACGAGAUGGACAUCUAACCAGACUGAGGACGAGAUGGACAUCUGAGGAGGAGGAGAGAGGAGAGACAGAGUAGGAGGAGGAGAGACGGAGGACGAGAUGGACAUCUGAGGAGGAGGAGGAGGACGAGAUGAUGUGAGGACAAGGAGGGCAAGAUGGACAUCUAACCAGGAGGAGAGACAGACAGGAGAGAGACAGACAGACAAGGAGGGCAAGAUGGCCAUCUAGCCAGGACGAGAGACAGACAGAUAGCCAGACAGGAGGAGAGAGACAGGCAAACAGACAGACCAGAGGACAGACAGACAGACCAGAGAUGGAGACAGACAGACAGACAGAAUGAUGGAGAGAUCACAGACCAUAUGGACCAAUACAACAGAUAGAUAGACAGGCAGACAGACAUGCAGCUCUAAAAGGAUAAGCCAACUGGGGGACAAAGACGUGGGCAUAAAAAUGCAGUGAUGGGACAUGGAUGCGGAUGGACAUGAGUCUUUAGAGAAAGAAAGAGACUUGCGUUGCGUUCUCUCUUCCUCUCAGCAGCUUUUGCAGCACUUACACAGGGCCAAAGAACUACCUCUGGCUUCACAGUCAGAGCAACACACACACACACACACACACACACACACACACACACACACACACACAGCCACUGUCCGGGCUGUUUCUCAGCUGUGCAUGUUUUAAGAAGCACAAGGGCUUAUUUUUGUAUUAUUAUUAUUAUUUCUCGCUGUCUCUUUCUCUCUCUCUCUCUCUCUCUCUCUCUCUCUCUCUCUCUCUCUCUCUCCCUAUCUCUCUUUCUCUCUAUCUUUCUCUCUCCCUCUCUCUCUCUCUCUCUCUCUCUCUCUCUCUCUCUCU